GCUACGACUAAUGGAGAACUACCCGAUACCACGACCAGUAACAGGAACUCCAUCAAGCAUACCUCAGAUCUCGACACAGAGGAUUCUCCAAUAGAAGCUGUAAAUGAUAUUGACAGUGAUGAUGAAUCAAAAGUUGUCCACGAGGAAAUAAGGAAUCCUGCCAUGAGAGAGUUCCACUUUCGAUGUGAGACUACGUUUGAAGAGAAUGAACUGAUUGCAACGUUAUGCAAUUUGAUGGAUAUCCGCAUCAUCGACACUUCCAAUCCGUCAUGGUUUCAAGAGUUACAAGAA